AGAAGGGAAGGAAGAAGCCAGGCGCGGGAGCGGAGGAGGGAAGCUGGGUCUGCUGCUGGAGCCAGGCGGAAACCCCAGCCGCCGCCGCCGCGAGCAGGAAGUCUGAGCGGCAGCGCGGCAGCGCGGAGAGCGGGUGGGAAGAGGAAGCGGCAGCGCAAGAGAAAGCAAAAGCUGCCCGUGCCGCCGGCUGCCCGCCCGCCUGCGCUGGGCUCCGCAUCCCCGGCUCCUGCCCGGGCGGGAGAGCUGCGCCGCCGCUGCCAUGGCCCGGGAGAACGGGGAGGGCAGCGCCUCCUGGAAGAAGCAAGCCGAGGACAUCAAGAAGAUCUUCGAGUUCAAGGAGACCCUGGGAACGGGUGCGUUUUCUGAAGUAGUUCUGGCCAAAGAGAGAGCUAGUGGAAAACUAUUUGCAGUCAAGUGCAUCCCCAAGAAAGCACUGAAGGGGAAGGAAAGCAGCAUAGAGAAUGAAAUCGCAGUCCUGAGAAAAAUAAAACAUGAAAAUAUAGUUGCACUGGAAGACAUAUAUGAGAGUCCAAACCACUUGUAUCUGGUCAUGCAACUCGUGUCUGGAGGCGAGCUUUUCGACCGCAUAGUAGAGAAAGGGUUUUACACCGAGAAGGAUGCAAGCACUCUGAUACGGCAGGUCCUGGAUGCUGUCUACUACCUGCACAGAAUGGGCAUUGUGCAUCGAGAUCUCAAGCCUGAGAACCUGCUGUACUACAGCCAGGAUGAAGAAUCCAAAAUCAUGAUCAGUGACUUCGGAUUGUCAAAGAUGGAGGAUAAAGGAGACGUCAUGUCCACAGCAUGUGGAACCCCAGGAUAUGUUGCUCCUGAAGUGCUGGCCCAGAAACCCUACAGCAAGGCGGUGGAUUGUUGGUCUAUUGGGGUAAUCGCAUACAUUUUGCUCUGUGGAUAUCCUCCAUUUUAUGAUGAAAAUGACUCCAAGCUCUUUGAGCAGAUUCUUAAGGCGGAAUAUGAAUUUGACUCUCCAUAUUGGGAUGACAUCUCAGAGUCUGCUAAAGAUUUUAUUCGGAACUUGAUGGAGAAAGACCCUAACAAAAGAUAUACCUGUGAGCAAGCAGCCCGGCACCCAUGGAUUGCAGGGGACACAGCCCUCAGCAAAAAUAUCCAUGAGUCCGUCAGUGCUCAGAUCCGAAAGAACUUUGCAAAAAGCAAAUGGAGACAAGCAUUUAAUGCCACAGCAGUUGUGAGACAUAUGAGAAAGUUACAUCUUGGCAGUAGCUUGGACAGUUCAAAUGCAAGCGUGGCAAGCACCCUCAGCCUGGCCAAUCCGCUUCCCGAUGGAACAACCAGGAAGGAUUGUAAGUAUGUCCCCAUCUUCUCUCUGUAGUUUUGUUUCUUCUGCUUCUUCGGGUAUUUCUGCAGUAGGAGGAGAACGGAGACCCAGGCCAACCACAGUAACAACAGUGCACACGGGGAGCAAGUGAUCAGCGGAGGAGGAUGGAGACGGGGAAGCCAUCGGGUUGAGCGUACCUAGUCCGAGUGAUUUCAUCCUGCAUUGUGCACUCGGCGAAGGACUAGAAGAGAGAAGAUUUUUUAUGGCCAUAUUUUAUACUGCAAUUCUGAAAUGUUUCAUUUAGCACAAACUGCAAUGACUCCAGGGGGAACGGAUUUAACAGUCUCUGGUGCUGUAUAUAUGAGUCUAGCAAUGUUCUAACUAACAGACGCGCAAUCUUUUUCCUGGUGAUUUACUCUCUUCUCAGUGUAGGUAACAGUCUAUGUUGUAUUUUUUUCCCAUUAACUAAAAAGGUCUCGGCUGGAUUAUUUAAAUAGAGAUAAUUUUUGAGAAAUAGACUUUUUUUUUCUUUUAGCAAGUACUUCCAGUUGCAUCCCUCCUUCCAGUUUGCUGAGGGAUAGGUUACUUCUGUAGGUAGAGAUUUGCAUUGACCUUACAAAACAGGAAGGUUUCAAAGGCAUGCAUGCCAUUUUUAAUUCCUAAAAUUGGAUUGUAAACCUGUCCAGAUCUAGGGGUGCCGUUACACUGAAACAAUCUGCUUUCCCUCUCUUCCUCCUUCUUGGAAACAAUGGUUCAAGCCCUUAGUUCAGCAAGCAUGUGAAAAAUGAUAUAAUGUCUCAUCCUGCAGCUCUUAUUCCUUUGCUAAACCCCUUGUGGUCCAUCAGGGAGGCCACAUAACUAGGAGUCAGGAGAGCCUGGGUUCUAUACCAUCUCUGCCACUGACUCACCGCUUGAGCUUUGGGCAAGUCACUGCCCAAAAUCAAAAAUUUCAAAUGUGGCUUCUGAUUUUGAGUACCUCCAGUUUGGGGCCUCCUAAUUGAGAGCCGGUGAGCACUGCAACCCACUGACUUCAGCUGAAGUUAUUGGUAGCUCAGCACCAGGCCUAAGGUGCCCCAAGCUGGGCACCAAAAAUCAGAAAGCAUUUUUGAAAGUUUUGGUCUUUAAAAAAAACCAAUGCCGUGUCUCAGUUUCCCCAUCUGUAAAGUGGAGAUAAUGAUACGCACUGCAAUGUGGACGCAGCCAGCCUUUCACUGUGGCCUGUAAGCUACCUGUACCCUAUACACCACCGCAAGCAUAGAAAAGGCCAAAAACGGGGCACUGUCACUGCUUUAUCAUAAAUGUUUGAAAUAUCUUGGAACAGAAGAGAAGGCAGUGUUCAGAGCUCACCGCACUUACGAACCUUGUGAGACGUGUCCAGAUCUCUACGAGUCAUUCCCAGCUUUGAUUUUUCUUCUGGGAGGAGAAAAGGUAGAAGGGGAGUUCAUGGGAAUCAGGCACAUUUAAGCUAUUACUAGCUCCCUAUACCCCAAAUACGUCCAUCUCCACAGGGAGGCAGGAAUAAUUUUUCCUUAAACUAUUCUGUUGCCACAUCCAUGUCAGCUAUUGUCUGUAAAGAAUUAGAUGAACCAGUCACACACACAUCUGAAUGUAUACAGCCAUAGUGAACAUGCUACGAAAAAUCAUGACAUUUACUUUUCAUUGAGAUUUCAAAGAUGUAAGGUGAAAUCCUGCCCCUAUUGAAGUCAGUGGGAGUUUGGCCAUUAACGUCAGAGAAGCCAGGAUUUCAAGAAAACCAGGUGGCACAGAGUGCUAGCUCUUUACAAUGAUGUCAUUGCACUAGCCACUCAUAAAGAUAUUACAUAUAAUAGAUCUCCGUUGAGUCAGUACUAAUCUGUGCACCAUUUUCAGUCUGGUGAUUUGGAGUAUAAUUUAACCAGUUUCCUCCAGAAAUUCCCAACAACCCCAUAUCAUAUUGUGCCUAGCACAGACAUUCAAACUAUAAUGAUUUAACGUGAACUCCAUAAAACACUAGUGUGCAUCUGACUUUCCACUGUGGAUAUCUGACCCUCCAAUAUAUCACCUUGUAAAACCUCAUAGAUACGUCCAGUCUCUGACAUAAUGGGCCAGAUCCCCAGCUAAUGUAAAGUGGAGUCAUUCCAUUGAAGUCAAUUGAACUACUCUGAUUUUCACCAGCUGCGGUUCUGGACCAACAUGUGAUAGUGACAUAUCAGAGCACUGAUAUGCAUUUUUUAAUAGAGUCAUUGCUCUUCAAAGAGGUUAUUUGGCUCUGUUCUCAAAGCAAAAUCAAAAAUCCACAGCCAUUAAUUUCUAAGAAUCAGGUUCAAAUGCCUGAUACUGGUCUCAUUGAAGUCAGCGGUAAAUUUCCUGUUGGUUUCAGUUGUGCAGAAUCCUGCCCCAGAUUUGGUAGACAGGAACAGCAGUCAAUGCUGUGGGACCUUGUCGAGCUGAGCCCCUCUUAUCCAAAAUCCUACAUUAUCUAAAACUGGAGUGGGCCCCUGGACAUACAGUGUUUUUCAUUUAGGGCCUUAUUCAUAUUCAUACUAAGGUCUCUUUACAUCUCCCUGGCAGUGUAAAGGGGGAUUAAAGUGGCUGUUAAUGCAAUUUAUGCCCACUCUAAGACCCAUUUGUGCUGCCAGACUGGUGCAAAGGGACCUUAAUUUAAGUCAUAAUAAGGUCCUAAAAGCCUCAAGUUAUCUCAAAACUUCAUCUUCCAAAUAAAUUCUGAUCUCAGUUGCAUCUGUGUAAAUAUAUGAAGGAACUCGAUUUUGAGUCAGUGGAGUUAUACCACAUUUACACUAGUUUAACCCAGAAUUUGGCCGAUGGUGCUUUCCUGUAUAUGCUGCUGCAUAUAAAAUGAAGCUCAAGUGGCCCCUAUUUGCAUUCUUUUCUAACAUCAUACUGAAGUUUCUGAUUUUGAUUUAAUUGCUUAUAACAAUAAUCAGAAUAUGGCAUGGUCCAAAUUUGUCUUGCAAAAAUAAAAUGUUUUCCUUCUGCAAAAUAAAGAGGAGUGACAUACAUAAAGGCGAGUCCAUUGCAAGAGUACACUCCCUCAAUUGAUUUUUGGUCAAUUUUCUGCCACUGUCCAGUAUGUCUACAAUACCGCCAUGCUGUAUGCUAAUAGUAUCACAUUUAGCUGUGGCUUUACAAUAGUUUCCAUUUCAUUCUAGACUGAAAAUUAGAUUUGUCUUAAUGUUAUUCCACUGGUAUUCCACAAGACUUGGAUCACUUUAUUAUUGCUCUGUUCGGACUAGAACCUGAAGAAAAGGAACAGAAGAAGUUAAAGGUAAAACGUUUCUUUCUGCCAGAAGUUGAGGAGAUGGAAAGCUUUUGUUUCUCAAGAACUGUGGCUGGGGAUCUGACAGGGAUUUGUGGAGAUUUGUGGAGAGAGCGGAGAUUUUUACUGUGCAGGUGGGAGUGAGGUAUGAUAAGAAAGCACGGCUGGUUAUUUUCCAAGGGGCCAUCUCAUCAAACCAUUAGUGGUUCACUCACUGCAUGUGAUCUCUAUCUCGGAGACUUGCCCAUGAGUUAUGCUUCUCUGAGUUAUGCUUCUCUUAGCUUUAUUUGUUUAAGUGGCACCACUGUGAUUUGUUAACUUUUUUUUUCCCCUGGACUCCCUCCUUCUAGUCUUUGCUUGCAGCCCCGAUUGUUGAAUUGUUACCUCCAGAGUCACAGUUCUCAUCUGUGACAUCAACACCAAUGUUCUUGUCAGAAAAACAUAAAACUAACCCAGCUAACGCCAGUAGCCUGCCGGAGACUGGUGACUGUAGGCUGCCAGGGAACUUUCUGAGACUGAAUGUCAGUUCUGCAGUGUCAAUACCACACACUGCUGAUUUUGCAUUUGACUUUUUAUUCCUAAAGCAGCCUAGAUUUCCCACUGGAUCACCUCUGGAAAGACAAACUGGAUAUUGGCCCUGCAGCACAGCUAGUGAGGAGGCAGAUGAAUGGGAAAAUACUGACUGGGGCGAAAUGAAACUCACCCUCCCCAAUUAUGCUUUAGUUAUUUCUGGGCAGGUAAUGUCUCUUCUGCAUUGGCCACUAUCAUGCAGGUGCCAUCAAACGCGACGGUUCAGAAAAGCUUUAUUAUUUCACCUUCUUCUAGUUUGUCUGUUAGUAUAGUGGACUUCAAUUUAAAAAAAAACAAUAGUAGACACUGAUUCGCUGCUGCUAAGGAUUAAAUGAUAAUGUAAUGUGUAUUCUGUGGGGAACAUGAUUUUUAGGUUGUUCUGAAAACAGAAAUUAAAUGGGAACUUUAACAUUGACACCAGCUUGAGAAAAAAGGACGUAUACCCUCUGAUCCAUGUAUUUCCUGGGUUUGCUUUGCUAUUGUUGACAACAGUUGUAUCUAUAACAAGUUUCUCUCCUUCACAGCCCUGGUUUAUUUUCUCCCUUUUCUGCCUGAUCCUUCUUUGACAGCAGAAUCCCAUGUUUAUGACAUCACAGUUAGUUGCCAUGAUGGUCAUUGUAAUGUCACAAGUGAAGCAUUAGGAGACAAAUCUGGACAUCACCACGAGAAGGGCCAUACAAGUACCUUGAUAGAAAAAAUCUUGGCACUCGAGGGCAGGGGCUUGCCCUGGGAAUCUCAGCGCUGGGGUGGAACUCAUGGCGAAAGGAGUUUUACCCUUGCAAAUUGACAGCGUGCGAUUGGAUCAGUUUCAUCAUUGCUAUGCCAGCCACAGACCAUGUGACUGGUGUAUUCCUCCUCCAUAGAAGAGAGUUGUAGAUGCGUUUUCAUGGUUACAGACCAACGGCUUAGCCUGACUUCUCCCCUAACCCACCCAUGCCUACCAAAGACUUUGUAAACUAUGGUGCAGGGUUGUGUGAUGCAGAAGGGGUAUCGUAUACUGCAGAAUCACACCCUUCCCACUGAAUCGGGGCCCUCCAUGCCUGCAGGGAGGGUGUGGGGGGGUGUGGAUGGAAGGUAUCCUGUACUGCAGGCUCAAGCAGGAAGAGCAGAUAAGCCAUGAGGAAACAAGCCCCUGGUCGAGCCCAAAUAGCUUUAGUCAUUAGCAAGCAGUGAGAACAUUCUGAACAGAAGUGAAUGUGGAGGUGGAUCUAUAUUUAUCAGAUUCAGUGAAACCUGUGGUAAAGUUUCCACCCCCACUAACCAACAACUUCUUGUCUUGAGCAGAGUUGGGCAAAUACUGCAAAACAUUGGGUUGAAUUUACAAACAGAAUUUAGACGUCUGUGUUUGUUCUCUGCAGAUAUUCCAGGGAACCAAUUUACUGGCUAGAGUGUUUGCAGAGAGAGACCCUGGAACCCCCAGUUCAGCAAGGUACAGAAACACAUGCCUAACUUUAAACAUUUUUGACUCCCAUUUGACUUUAAUGGGAUUCAUCACAUGCUUAAAGUUAGGCAUAUGCAUAAGUACCUUCUGAAUCUGGGCUUCAAACUGUUGUUUCUGCAGAUAUAUCAGUUCAAUGGCACUAUUUGUGAUCUUCACGUUGCGCACAUGCUUAAGUACCUUGCUGAAUCGGGGCUAAAUAAAUACCAGAGAAUAUUCAUGGGAAGGGAAUUUUGCAUUCAUUAUCAUGACCAUUUGAACCAGAAACCUGAUUCUAAGAAUUAUGCUCAUCCACUCAAAGAACAGAAACCUAUCAUGUGACUUGUGUGUCUAAUCAAAACAGUAUCAAAAUCAAAUGCACCAGAAUGUUCACUAAUACAAAGUAGUAUCCAGCCAGUAAUUUCAAGUAACAGAUAUAGGAGGGAAUUGCAAUCUGCUCUUGGACAUUUGGUGAAAAAAAAUUCAUUUGGUAAAUUAUUCAACAGAAGAUUAUUCACCCAGCAGUAGUUUUAUGUGAUCCCUGAAACUUAUCCCAAAUUUCCAGCUAUAUCAGUAAUAUCUUACCCUUAGAUUCAUGUCUGCUAGACAAUUUCUUUAGUGUGUGUGCAAUAUCCCCUUGGUGUGAUGACUUAUUUUAUACAGAUUUCACGGAUAUUUAAAAGUUUGCCCCAAGACAUAAAUUCCUAUUCUGGCUUCACUUAAGAUUGUAUCCAUAUAAACUACAUUUGUAAUUAAGUGUAUGAGCUUCUUAAUAUCAGAUGCUAUUUUUCAGGACCCCACCUAACAAAACAGCUGAUCAGUGCAUUGAUCUUUGGUUUCUAUUAGCGAAUAGCACGGUCAGAUUCACGGUGCCUACAUUUUUCCAUGAUAGAGAGGGAAAACAGGGCAUGUGUGCUCUGAGUGUCGUGAAAAUCACUGCUAAACUCACAAUGACAUGAAAAUAUCCAAUUAAUGCAUGAUACUGCACGGCAUGUAUUAAAUUGUACUAUUUCUACAUUUCCCAAGCCUUUGCUGUAAACACAUUCUGGACCCAGUCCCCUGGGGUUUCUUUUAAGUUUGGUUUUGAAAUGACUAUAUGUAUAUCUGUGUAACCCGAAAUCCAUUGUUAUCUAGCGCUAACUGCAAAAGCUGAUGUUUUGUGAACAAAACCCUGCAAAGCCUGAGAAUGUAUUUUGUCCUUUUACUAAAUGCUGUGCAGUUUUUAAGGGAAGAUCACUAUCUAGGGGGGCUUCAUUCUAUGCACCCGUCAGUUACACCUGUCUUGGUGCAGGGAAAUCAAACUGUUGUGGGUUUUUUUUUCACAUAUGCUUAAAAAAAUUAUCUACAACUAAAAUCCCUUGUACUAGAUCUACUGCACAGUGAGGGCUGCGAAGCAAACAUGUUAGUUGUAUCUAUGUCUCUGUGCUUUAAGAUAACAGGAAAACUUAGACUGGAAUGUAGGCUCAGUCGAUUCAUAUUUUCCCCCUUUUCCUGAGAAGCGCUUGGAAUUUGGCUUUUGCAGAUCAGUUGCAGAAUGCUCUGUUGGUGUUGACCGAGCCAGUUGCUGACUAUCUUAAAGUCGUGUUGUUCCCAAAGCAUCAAGUGUCAGAACUUUUUUUUUUUUAGUUGCAUUUAACCCAUUGCGCUCCAUGCGUUCAAGCCUGUAUUUAUCAACAAAAGACUUCAGCCCUAUUUUCUGUACCACCUGGAAAUGAUUCUCGUCUUCUCUUCUGCUGAUCGGUCUCUGCAAAUCGUUUGACUCAUGAUUUCCUUUUCUGAGGCUGGACAAGAGAGAGGAGGUCACACACAGCUCUCAGUAACGGUGCUGGAACCCCACUCAACUAAUCAGCUGAGAGUGUAAUUUGCCUGAUUGCUCAGUGUUUGCUGUUUAUAUUACAGAAGAGUUGGACAUUACUGAAAGCUCAAAAUCCACAAAGGGAGCCAGCUGAGAGCUAUGAAAUUGCUUGCCCAUAGGAAGAUGGGUUCACUCAUUUCUUCACAAUCAAUUUCCCUGGAAGCAGCAUGCUUGGCAGGGGAAUUUCAGCAAAAGUAAGGCCAGGGUGAUGUAGGGAGUGAGUUUAAAACCUUCUAGCUAUUUUGAGAGUCCCAGGUGGGACUUUCUCCUACCCUUGCAGCCCUGCACAGGGGCUGACUAGAAUCCCACUGGAAAGCAUAAUCCCUCCCUCCUCAAUGCUUUUGGUGUUAGCAUCACAAGAUGAAGCAGAAGUUGCUCUUCCUGCUGGCUGAAAGGGUACAGGGAGGGGUGAAGGGGAAUGGUUAUGCUAUGGCCCUGCCCUCCGCAUUAGCCCACAAAGCAGUGGGCAGCGUGCUGGGCCUUCUGCAAAGUCUCAAUUCAACAAAGAAUUCCAAGCACAUCAGUCUCCCUGAAGUCAACAGAAUUUGUGUGCCCUAAAGAUAAGCAUGUGCUUAUGCGCUUUGUGGAAUCAGGGCCCAAGGGAGACAGAGGUGCUGCUGUGCUGUGCACACAGAGGAAGUCCUCAGUCAGAAUCCCUCCCCCAUCACCCUCUACACCCACCAAGCACAGCUUGGGGUCACAACGGCUGAAUCUUGCCCUAGGUGAGAAAGCCAGGUCAGUAUUUACCACCUCUUUAUUCAUACCCAGCUUCUGCAGCCCUGACAUCCCACUUACUUGAGUAGAACAUUGAACCAGUCAUCAUAAUAGUCCCUUCUGACCUUAAUAUCUAUGAAUUAGCUCAGAGUGAGUUACUAGGUGACUCGUGUUUCUGCUCAUCCAGGCCAGUGACGUUUCUGAGUCUUUGCUUCUGGGUGGGAAGCAGCAUUUCUGCAUUUUAUUUAUUUUUAACAUUUGGCUUGGGACAAAAAAAGACCCAGCCUGCCCAGAGGGAAAUUUGGGAAGGAUUCCCGAAAUAGCACUCGACUGCAAAACAUCUCUUGGUUUAUUUUUACAAAGAUGCGAGCAUGUUUUAUUAACAAAAAGGAAAAAAAAGCUUACAAUUUUAAUCCAGGAAUGUCAGUGUGCCUAAUAUUACAGGUCUUGUGAUUGAUACAAUUUCAUAACAACAUCCUUGUCCAAAUGAAGGGAAAUAGUGUAUUUACUCCAUGCAUGUACUAAGGCAUUGCAAAAAGUUUAACCUGCGUAAUGGGUUUGCGAAUCUGCAAAUUGUUAAUGGGGCUACAUCGCAAAUGAUUCUCUGCCUUGACAAUCAUGUAUACAUAUCGAGAUUUCUAUCAUAAUGAUAAGUGAAAGGGAUGAUUAAUUGUUUUCCUCCAAUAAAUCCAAUUAAAUCAUUA